AUGCAAGAUCCUGAAGCCAUUGCAUUGCAAUUAAAAAAAGACCAACAGCUAUGUCAAGAGCAGAGACUACCAAGCACGCUUGCCCUUCGCCUACCCAAGCCACCAUCCCCGCUGCUUGACAGAAUAGCCUACCAUCUCACUCCCGAGAGCGAGGUUCCUGCUGCACUUAGAUCUUUCAGAUGCGAAAGUAUCAUCAAGGGGAUAAAAUCUUACCUAAACAAUCUGAACGCCAUCGCAGACGACACCAACGACGCUCUACUCAGCGGGGAGACCCAUGCCCCUAAGACCAAAGAGCUAGAGACUACACUCAAAGUUCUAGAAUACCUUCAGAAUAACGAGUCAGUCUCGAAAAUCACAGACUCCAGUCCAUUGACCGAUAUCAUGACUGCACUCCGCACUCAAGUCUCAGUGGACAGCGAAGUCCGCAUAAAAUACUACAAAACAUCCCAGAAGGGCCAAAAAUUCAAGAAAAACACCCAGUUUAGAACAUGCUACAUGUGUCGUCAGCUCUGCUCGGUUCUUGACGUUCAUGAUUUAUAUCCAUCUUUAUGUCGUCCCUGCGGCUCUUUCAAUCUCAGCUCGUCAGAGCUAUCAUUACCCGGAAAGCUCAAUCUCAACGGGAAAACCGCUCUUGUUACAGGCGGACGAAUAAAUCUGGGAUACCAUACCGCUUUGAGACUAUUACGCUGUGGUGCUAAGGUCAUUGUUUCCUCUCGUUAUCCGAGGGAUGCAGCGAUGCGAUAUUUACAAGAGCCGGAUUGUGAGCAAUGGGAACAUAAACUCAAGGUUAUUGGUGCGGACUUUCGGACUGCGAAAGAUGCAUUUAGGCUUGUUCAUAUUGUGAAAGCCCUUCUUCGUGAUUGGAAUGAAUGUGAUAGAAAUGGUGCUGAUGCCGACUCCCUCGAUAUCCUGAUCAAUAACGCCGCUCAGACGUUAACAGACCCGGUCAAGGCAGAGAUGAAAGCCAUUACCCGGGAAGAAGGUUUGGUCCAUUUGUCACAGACCAAUAAGCUUCUCAUUAGUGGAAGUGGGGAUUCUUAUAUACCACGAAUUCGAGGCGGGAACCAAGCGGCUUGGAUCCCAAGUAUUGAAAGCGAAAAGCGGGCGCAGAUCGAUGGAACUAUUAAUGACGACCAGAGCAAGAUCAUCCACAAAGGUCUCCGGACUAAUGGUGAAGAAGAUACAGGAAAGUCAUCUUGGGUCCAAUCCCUCAAUGAGAUCCCUUAUGAGGAUCUGAUUAGCGCACAUUCGGUCAAUGCUUUUGUGCCAUUGAUUUUAUGUCGAGAACUCCUUCCGUGUAUGGGUCAGUAUCGUCCCGGUAAAAGUGCCCCGCUCGGUUAUAUCGUGAAUGUUUCUUCGCGGGAGGGAAUUUUGGAGAAUACGAGGAAGUCGAGCAGCAAAGCUGGUCACCAUGUUCACACGAAUAUGUCCAAGGCUGCUAUUAAUAUGAUUACGGAGACUGAAGCUGGGAGGGCGUGGGAGACGCGUCGUGUGGCUAUGAAUUCUGUGGAUCCUGGCUACAUGAGUGCGGCACCUGAGUGCCAACGGGAAGAUGGCUGUCCUAUUGAUUUUGAAGAUGGGGCUGCUCGUGUGUUGUGGCCAAUUGUAGUUGGUGAAAGUGAGGGUCGUGUAAUCUCGGGGAGGUUCUUGAAACAUUUUGAGGAGGGUGCUGCUGUUAUUCGACGAGGAAAUUGA